AUGAAGGAAUCCAUCCGAGUUGAAACUGACCAAGCCCUUGACUUACUCGAGAGGCACGAGGAGGCCUUGGAACACAGAUCGUACCGCAAAGCUGUUCGGGCUGAAUCAAAGCAGAAUCUUUAUGUCGACACCAAAUCCAAAGUCAUCGCCUUGGAAGAAAUGGUCGGCAAGGCCCUUGGCUUCCGAGCUACCGCCAUCCAUCCCAGGGUUUGUAUCCUACUGCUCAAAAACAACAGUGCCGCCAUGAAAAACCUCGGCACUCCUCCCGUUCCAUCCUUGGAUGCCCAAGGCCAAUUCCCAUCCCGACCAUCGAGGCCUCGUGUGGCGCCUGUGGAUGAUGCUGCUGCUCGCAGAUUGAGGCAGCUAAUUUUUGAACUUGAUCUUGUAUUGGAACCCCCUUGA